AUGGUUCAGACAUUGUACAGCAAUGGGUCCAACUCCAUCUGGGAGCACUGCCUUCUGGAUCCCUCAUCUAUCUCGAGUGGGAAACGCAAGGCCAACCCCCAGGACAGAGUCCAGUGAGUGGAGCACAUUUCAGGCUUUUGGUUGAAGGUUAAACAAUGGAACUUUAAACAAUGGAACUUUAAACAAUGUGAUGACAAAGCAUAAGCAUCCAAUCUCGCCAUGAUCUAUCACCAUCAGUGUGGGACUCUCUGUUGUAUUAAAGUGCCAUUGGGGGAGGUUUGUCUGGACAGUCUCAGAGGUUCAUAAGUGUGUGUCUGUUCCCUUUCCAGUCCCCAUAAAACGGAGUUCAUCAAGGCCAAAUAUCAGAUGCUGGCUUAUGUCCAUCGGCUGCCCUGUCGAGAGGAUGACAGUGUCACUACGAAGGACCUCAGUAAGGUGAGAGAUUGCAGUCAGAACACGCCCAGGAUUGCAGGCUUCAUUGCCAAUGAGCUCAUUCAUUUGCUAAUUUAUCAACUGUUUUUUAUUAACUGUUAGCUAACCAAACCUCUCUUUGGUGUUCCCUCUAGCAACUCCACUCCAGUGUUCGGACUGGGAACCUGGAGACGUGCCUGAGACUGUUGUCUUUGGGAGCCCAGGCCAACUUCUUCCACCCAGUAUGUAAAAUAUGGCCAAUUCCCUGAAACGUAUCAAUACAUAAUAGAAUGAUUACACCAGUGCCCACACAUUGUCUUAUUGUGUUGGGGUGGUGGCCUGUUUGUCCUUCAGGAAAAAGGAAACACUCCGCUGCAUGUAGCAGCUAAGGCAGGCCAGGUGUCACAGGCAGAGCUGCUGGCUGUGUAUGGGGCGGAUCCCGAUGCCCUAGACAUGGGGGGUAAGACCCCUAUUGACUACGCAAGGUAAAGCAGUCUUCAUACUCUUUUAUACUGCACUGGAGCAAUCCAUUACCCCUGAUGGUUGCACAACUCUUUCCCAGAGAACGGGUUACGAGGCUGCCUAGUACUAAAGUUUAUUAGAAUAAUCUAAAUGAUUACAGAUAUGUCAACUCACUGAAUAUAUUACAACUUUACCACCCUUGGUUUUAUUGUAGAGAGGUCUUAAAAAUAAAUAGUGCUAUCGUUGGCAUUUACAGUAAACAUACAUUUACCUCACCGCCACUAAUAUUGAUGUGGAGAAGACUCAUGACCUUUUAUUCCUGUUCCACUCAGACAAGCAGGGCACCAGGAGCUGGCAGACAGACUGGUAGAGAUCCAAUAUGAACUCACCGACCGCCUGGCAUUUUACCUCUGUGGAAGAAGGCCAGGUAAGAGUGCAGAGGGGGGAUUUAUAGGGAAUUGAAGAAUUAUGUUGGUUGUUCUAAUCUGACUGUGUUUGUCUACUAGAUCAUAGGAAUGGACAACACUUCAUAAUCCCACAAAUGGCUGACAGGUAAGAACUGAACCCAACACCAUGGCAUGCUUAUGGAGUUAUGGAAUGCUGUUCAGACAUCUUUGUGACAUUUUACAAAAACCUCUUCUCAAAGUCUGAUAAGCCAAAAUGAAAUGCAUCUGUGUGUAUCCAUCCAAUGGCUAAGUAACUGAGGUUAAAACAUAAUGCCUUUAUCACACCAUCGUUUAUCUCCCUUUGCUGGCAUAUCUUGAUGGAAAAGAAAUGUGUAAGUAUGUCAACUGUUGGCUAUAAUUUAUUGUCUUGCAUUUACUAUAUAAACUGAUGGUGUUUUUAUUUAAAUUAUUUUAUUAUAUAUAUAUAUCAUAUUAUAUAUAUAUUAUAUAUAUAUUAUCUUAUAUAUAUAUAUAUAUACAACUCAGCUUCACCUGGAAUGCUUUUCCAACAGUCUUGAAGGAGUUCCCACAUAAGCUGAGCACUUGUUGGCUGCUUUUCCUUCACUCUGCGGUCCGACUCAUCCCAAACCAUCUCAAUUGAGUUGAGGUCGGGGUUUGUGGAGGCCAGGUCAUCUGAUGCAGUACUCCAUCACUCCUUCUUGGUAAAAUAGCCCUUACACAGCCUGGAGGUGUGUUGGGUCAUUGUCCUGUUGAAAAACAAAUGAUAGUCCCACUAAGCCCAAACCAGAUGGGAUGGUGUAUCGCUGCAGAAUGCUGUGGUAGCCAUGCUGGUUAAGUGUGCCUUAAAUUCUAAAUAAAUCACAAACUGUCACCAGCAAAGCACCACCACACCAUAACACCUCCUCCUCCAUGCUUUACGGUGGGAACUACACAUGCGGAGAUCAUCCGUUCACCCACACCGCAUCUCACAAAGACACGGCGGUUGGAACCAAAAAAAAACAAAUUUGGACUCCAGACCAAAGGACAUAUUUCCACCGGUCUAAUGUCCAUUGCUUGUGUUUCUUGGCCCAAGCAGGUCUCUUCUUCUUAUUGGUGUCCUUUAGUAGUGGUUUCUUUGCAGCAAUUUGACCAUGAAGGCCUGAUUCAAGCAGUCCCCUCUGAACAGUUGAUGUUGAGAUGUGUCUGUGACUUGAACUCUGUGAAGCAUUUAUUUGGGCUGCAAUUUCUCAGGCUGGUAACUGAACUUAUCCUCUGCAGCAGAGGUAACUCUGGGUCUUCGAUUCAUGUGGCAGUCCUCAUGAGAGCCAGUUUCAUCAUAGCGCUUGAUUGUUUUUGCGACUGCACUUCAAGAAACUUUCAAAGUUCUUGAUAUUUUCCAUAUUGACUGACCUUCAUGUCUUAAAGUAAUGAUGGACUGUCGUUUCUCUUUGCUUAUUUGAGCUGUUCUUGCCAUAAUAUGGACUUGGUCUUUUACCAAAUAGGGCUAUCUUCUGUAUACCCCCCUACCUUGUCACAACACAACUGAUUGUCUCAAACGCAUUAAGAAGGAAAGAAAUUCCACAAAUUAACUUUUAAGAAGGCACACCUGUUAAUUGAAAUGCAUUCCAGGUGACUACCUCAUGAAGCUGGUUGAGAGAAUGCCAAGAGUGUGCAAAGCUGUCAUCAAGGCAAAGGGUGGCUAUUUGAAGAAUCUCAAAUAUAUUUUGAUUUGUUUAACACAUUUCUGGUAACUACAUGAUUCCAUAUGUGUUAUUUCAUAGUUUUGAUGUCUUCACUAUUAUUCUACAAUGUAGAAAAUAGUCAAAAUAAAGAAAAACCCUUGAAUGAGUAGGUGUUCUAAAACGUUUGACCGGUAGAGUGUGUGUAUAUACAGUGGGGAGAACAAGUAUUUGAUACACUGCCGAUUUUGCAGGUUUUCCUACUUACAAAGCAUGUAGAGGUCUGUCAUUUGUAUCAUAGGUACACUUCAACUGUGAGAGACGGAAUCUAAAAAAAAUCUAGAAAAUCACAUUGUAUGAUUUUUAAGUAAUUAAUUUGCAUUUUAUUGCAUGACAUAAGUAUUUGAUACAUCAGAAAAGCAGAACUUAAUAUUUGGUACAGAAACCUUUGUUUGCAAUUACAUUGAUCAUACCUUUCCUUUAGGUCUUGACCAGGUUUGCACACACUGCAGCAGGGAUUUUGGCCCACUCCUCCAUACAGACCUUCUCCAGAUCCUUCAGGUUUCGUGGCUGUCGCUGGGCAAUACGGACUUUCAGCUCCCUCCAAAGAUUUUCUAUUGGGUUCAGGUCUGGAGACUGGCUAGGCCACUCCAGGACCUUGAGAUGCUUCUUACGGAGCCACUCCUUAGUUGCCCUGGCUGUGUGUUUCAGGUCGUUGUCAUGCUGGAAGAACCAGCCACGACCCAUCUUCAAUGCUCUUACUGAGGGAAGGAGGUUGUUGGCCAAGAUCUCGCGAUACAUGGCCCCAUUCAUCCUCCCCUCAAUACGGUGCAGUCGUCCUGUCCACUUUGCAGAAAAGCAUCCCCAAAGAAUGAUGUUUCCACCUCCAUGCUUCACGGUUGGGAUGGUGUUCUUGGGGAUGUACUCAUCCUUCUUCUUCCUCCAAACACGGCGAUUGGAGUUUAGACAAAAAAAGCUCUAUUUUUGUCUCAUCAGACCACAUGACCUUCUUCCAUUCCUCCUCUGGAUCAUCCAGAUGGUCAUUGGCAAACUUCAGAUGGGCCUGGACAUGCGCUGGCUUGAGCAGGGGGACCUUGCGUGCGCUGCAGGAUUUUAAUCCAUGACGGCGUAGUGUGUUACUAAUGGUUUUCUUUGAGACUGUGGUCCCAGCUCUCUUCAGGUCAUUGACCAGGUCCUGCCGAGUAGUUCUGGGCUGAUCCCUCACCUUCCUCAUGAUCAUUGAUGCCCCACGAGGUGAGAUCUUGCAUGGAGCCCCAGACCGAGGGUGAUUGACCGUCAUCUUGAACUUCUUCCAUUUUCUAAUAAUUGCGCCAACAGUUGUUGCCUUCUCACCAAGCUGCUUGCCUAUUGUCCUGUUGCCCAUCCCAUCCUUGUGCAGGUCUACCAUUUUAUACCUGAUGUCCUUACACAGCUCUCUGGUCUGAGGUUGGAGUCUGUUUGAUUGAGUGUGUGGACAGGUGUCUUUUAUACAGGUAACAAGUUCACCUAGGUGCACUUAAUACAGGUAAUGAGUGGAGAACAGGAGGGCUUCUUAAAGAAAAACUAACAGGUCUGUGAGAGCCGGAAUUCUUACUGGUUGGUAGGUGAUCAAAUACUUAUGUCAUGCAAUAAAAUGCAAAUUAAUUACUUAAAAAUCAUACAAUGUGAUUUUCUAGAUUUUUUUUAGAUUCCGUCUCUCACAGUUGAAGUGUACCUAUGAUACAAAUGACAGACCUCUACAUGCUUUGUAAGUAGGAAAACCUGCAAAAUCGGCAGUGUAUCAAAUACUUGUUCUCCCCACUGUAUAUACACACACUCUACCGGUCAAACGUUUUAGAACACCUACUCAUUCAAGGGUUUUUCUUUAUUUUGACUAUUUUCUACAUUGUAGAAUAAUAGUGAAGACAUCAAAACUAUGAAAUAACACAUAUGGAAUCAUGUAGUUACCAGAAAUGUGUUAAACAAAUCAAAAUAUAUUUGAGAUUCUUCAAAUAGCCACCCUUUGCCUUGAUGACAGCUUUGCACACUCUUGGCAUUCUCUCAACCAGCUUCACCUGGAAUGCUUUUCCAACAGUCUUGAAGGAGUUCCCACAUAAGCUGAGCACUUGUUGGCUGCUUUUCCUUCACUCUGCAGUCCGACUCAUCCCAAACCAUCUCAAUUGGGUUGAGGUCGGGGUUUGUGGAGGCCAGGUCAUCUGAUGCAGUACUCCAUCACUCCUUCUUGGUAAAAUAGCCCUUACACAGCCUGGAGGUGUGUUGGGUCAUUGUCCUGUUGAAAAACAAAUGAUAGUCCCACUAAGCCCAAACCAGAUGGGAUGGUGUAUCGCUGCAGAAUGCUGUGGUAGCCAUGCUGGUUAAGUGUGCCUUAAAUUCUAAAUAAAUCACAAACUGUCACCAGCAAAGCACCACCACACCAUAACACCUCCUCCUCCAUGCUUUACGGUGGGAACUACACAUGCGGAGAUCAUCCGUUCACCCACACCGCAUCUCACAAAGACACGGCGGUUGGAACCAAAAAAAAAACAAAUUUGGACUCCAGACCAAAGGACAUAUUUCCACCGGUCUAAUGUCCAUUGCUUGUGUUUCUUGGCCCAAGCAGGUCUCUUCUUCUUAUUGGUGUCCUUUAGUAGUGGUUUCUUUGCAGCAAUUUGACCAUGAAGGCCUGAUUCAAGCAGUCCCCUCUGAACAGUUGAUGUUGAGAUGUGUCUGUGACUUGAACUCUGUGAAGCAUUUAUUUGGGCUGCAAUUUCUCAGGCUGGUAACUGAACUUAUCCUCUGCAGCAGAGGUAACUCUGGGUCUUCGAUCAUGUGGCAGUCCUCAUGAGAGCCAGUUUCAUCAUAGCGCUUGAUUGUUUUUGCGACUGCACUUCAAGAAACUUUCAAAGUUCUUGAUAUUUUCCAUAUUGACUGACCUUCAUGUCUUAAAGUAAUGAUGGACUGUCGUUUCUCUUUGCUUAUUUGAGCUGUUCUUGCCAUAAUAUGGACUUGGUCUUUUACCAAAUAGGGCUAUCUUCUGUAUACCCCCCUACCUUGUCACAACACAACUGAUUGUCUCAAACGCAUUAAGAAGGAAAGAAAUUCCACAAAUUAACUUUUAAGAAGGCACACCUGUUAAUUGAAAUGCAUUCCAGGUGACUACCUCAUGAAGCUGGUUGAGAGAAUGCCAAGAGUGUGCAAAGCUGUCAUCAAGGCAAAGGGUGGCUAUUUGAGGAAUCUCACAUAAAAUAUAUUUUGAUUUGUUUAACACUUUUUGGCUUACUACAUGAUUCCAUAUGUGUUAUUUCAUAGUUUUGAUGUCUUCACUAUUAUUCUACAAUGUAGAAAAUAGUAAAAAUAAAGAAAAACCCUGGAAUGAGUAGGUGUGUCCAAACUUCUUAUAUAUACACUGCUCAAAAAAUAAAGGGAACACUAAAAUAACACAUCCUAGAUCUGAAUGAAUGAAAUAAUCUUAUUAAAUACUUUUUUCUUUACAUAGUUGAAUGUGCUGAAAACAAAAUCACACAAAAAUUAUCAAUGGAAAUCAAAUUUAUCAACCCAUGGAGGUCUGGAUUUGGAGUCACCCUCAAAAUUAAAGUGGAAAACCACACUACAGGCUGAUCCAACUUUGAUGUAAUGUCCUUAAAACAAGUCAAAAUGAGGCUCAGUAGUGUGUGUGGCCUCCACGUGCCUGUAUGACCUCCCUACAACGGCUGGGCAUGCUCCUGAUGAGGUGGCGGAUGGUCUCCUGAGGGAUCUCCUCCCAGACCUGGACUAAAGCAUCCGCCAACUCCUGGACAGUCUGUGGUGCAACGUGGCGUUGGUGGAUGGAGCGAGACAUGAUGUCCCAGAUGUGCUCAAUUGGAUUCAGGUCUGGGGAACGGGCGGGCCAGUCCAUAGCAUCAAUGCCUUCCUCUUGCUGGAACUGCUGACACACUCCAGCUACAUGUGGUCCUCUGUAGCUCAAUUGGUAGAGCAUGCGCUUGUAACGCCAGGGUAGUGGGUUCGAUCCCCGGGACCACCCAUACGUAAAAAUGUAUGCACGCAUGACUGUAAGUCGCUUUGGAUAAAAGCGUCUGAUAAAUAGCAUAUUAUAUUAUUAUUAUUAUUAUAGGUCUAGCAUUGUCUUGCAUUAGGAGGAACCCAGGGCCAACCGCACCAGCAUAUGGUCUAACAAGGGGUCUGAGGAUCUCAUCUCGGUACCUAAUGGCAGUCAGGCUACCUCUGGCGAGCACAUGGAGGGCUGUGCAGCCCCCCAAAGAAAUGCCACCCCACACCAUGACUGACCCACCGCCAAACCGGUCAUGCUGGAGGAUGUUGCAGGCAGCAGAACGUUCUCCACGGCGUCUCCAGACUCUGUCACGUCUAUCACUUGUGCUCAGUGUGAACCUGCUUUCAUCUGUGAAGAGCACAGGGCGCCAGUGGCGAAUUUGCCAAUCUUGGUGUUCUCUGGCAAAUGCCAAACGUCCUGCACGGUGUUGGGCUGUAAGCACAACCCCCACCUGUGGACGUCGGGCCCUCAUACCACCCUCAUGGAGUCUGUUUCUGACCGUUUGAGCAGACACAUGCACAUUUGUGGGUCACCUAAAAAUGUCUAGGUGACCCCAAACUUUUGAACGGUAGUGUAUGUAUGUAUGUAUAUAAAUUAUUGUUGUUUUUGUCCACAGCAGUCUGGAUUUGUCAGAAUUUGCAAAAGCUGCAAAGAAAAAACUCCAGUCUGUGAGUGAAAUUAUAUAUUUUUUUAUUAUGGUCCUUUUAGACAUACCAGUGAUGUGAUUUUACUGUGGCUUGUGAUUUCAGCUCACUAACCAUCAGUUUGAAGAGCUUGCCAUGGAUGUUUAUGAUGAAGUGGACAGAAGAGAAACUGAUGCAGGUGAACAGAUACAGUGACAUUUGAUUGUGUUUGUAGUAGGGUCGUUCUUGAAUUGCGGUGGCAUUUGGUGGCCCUUGCCUAUGCAACCAUAAAAAAAACACUUUAAAAUGACAAAUAGUUACACAUCACAUUGUCACUGUUUAUAUUGAACUGUUUAUCAAUGAUAAAACAUAAUGCAAGUAUUUUAUACUGCAAAACUUUGUUUAAAGUACUUGGGGUAAGCAAAUUGGUUGUCCCAGUAGUCACGUGUAGAGUUGUAAUGACAUGUUUUGGGGGUUUAGAGAUAUCUAUUAUUUUGAAUGCUAGAAAGUGAACAAAAUAAUUUAAUAUAUUGUGUAUAUCAAUAAAAACUAUUUUUUUACUAGUAUGGCUGUCCCUCAGUUUUAUGUAAUUGGUGUUACCGCCUUAAAAAUCACUCAUUAAAGAUAUACAAGCAUUCCCUACAGUGGCAAACUGUUAUUGGGGGAGAGGUCUAUAUUAAAGAAAAAUAUUAGCUAAUCACACUGUUAGUAUGUCAUACAUUUUAGGAUUCCGUUGAUAAUUUGGUGUGUCUAAAUCCGAAGUGUCACUUGGUGUUACUCAAUUUGAAUGAAGGGAAAUAACAAUGUGAGCAAAAUUAUUAAUGAUAUCAUUUAGUAAAGGGACCUUUUAGAUUUGGGCAUCUGUGGCCUCCAUUUAAGAAAAUCUUCAAUAACCUAAAAUGUCUCAUUGGCGUUAUCAUCAUUAGUGUUACUACUCCUACUGGUGGCACAAUGUUAUUUAAAGUCAUUAAACUGCCAUAUCAGUUGAUUUAGAAUGGGAAGACUUACCCAAAUACAUUUUAAAUUAAAACAAAUCUAGAAAAAAUAUAUGUUUUUCUAUGCCCAAAUGCCACUGCAAUUCAAGACUGACCCAGUAGGUUUAGCAGAAAUUGUGAUUGCUUGUAUGUGUUUGAUAUAGGUAUCACUAGGUGUGUUUAAUAUAUUAUUAUUAUUAUUAUUAUUAUUAAUAUGAAACAAAUAAUGUAUAUUUAUGGUCCGUCUUUGCUGUAUCAGUGUGGCUGGUGACUCAGAACCAUAGCACUCUGGUAACAGACACAACUGUGGUGCCUUUCCUCCCUGUCAACCCUGAGUACUCAUCCACCAGAAACCAGGCAAGUCAGCUAAAAAUGUAAUUCAAUGUUAUGUCAAAUUGGUGGGUCUCUUUCCCAAGCCUUUAGCUGAGUUUUAUGUAUUUGAUUGAAGAGCCUAAACUUCCAAAACAGCAGCUUCAUAAUAUUGUCUUGUUUUGCAGGGCCGGCAGAAGCUAGCGAGGUUCAAUGCACAUGAAUUUGCAACACUCGUCAUUGAUAUAUUAACUGACGCCAAACGUCGGCAACGGGGGAACUCCUGUAAAAGUCCAAGAGGUAUAGUACAGUAAUUUGAAGCUACACUUAUUUACAUUUGGUACUUUAGAACAAAGCUCCUUACUGUACCCACCAGGGCAUGGUUGUUGCGUGGUUCACUCCCCUAACUGUUGCUAUCUCUCUCCUCAGAGGACAUAGAGCUCAUCCUGAAGCGAAUCAGCAGCCGUCAUGGGAGUGAGAGCCAGGAUAAUGAAGACCAGCCAGAUUAUGACAGUGUGGCAUCUGAUGAAGAUCCAGAGCGGGAACCAGCCUCUGGGAACAAUGGGAAAGAUGGCAGGACCAAGGUAACACCAUAUUUAUCGUUUUUUAGUUUAGUUUUUCAUUAACAUAGUAUUGGCAUAGCCAUUAUGUGAAACUGACACAAUUUUAACUACUUUGCCGAUAUGAAACAAACAACAUUCAAAAAUAUCAAAUUCAGUUUGUUACAAAACCAACAUUUAUAAGACAUUUAAAAAAUUGGUUCUAUUUGCAUAAUUAAUAUACCGUAAUUUUCGGACUAUAAGCCGCGCCUUUUUUCCCAUUUUUUGACCCUGCGGCUUAUAUAACGGUGCGGCUAAUCUAUGGAUUUUUACAGCUAACGGCCACUAGAAGACCUCCUAAAUCUAUGGAUUUUACAGGUUACAGUCCACCAACUUUAACUCUAUGGGCUCUAUGACCGGUCCGCGCCCCCCACCUUUAAGCGGCGGGCUCCAGCAGGAAAAGCUGGAGGCCGGCGCAAAAGUAAAAGUGGAACCGAGAGUGGUACGAGAGAUAGAACGAGAGACAGAACGAGAGCAAGACAGACAGACAUUACGAGAGCGAGACAGUUUGUGCAAAGGAAGUUUUCAUGCACAAACCCUCAAUAUGGAAAACAAACGUAGAAAUGCAUAUGAUGCAGCUUUUAAGUUAAAGGCAGUCAAUCUGGCUGUCAAAACAUCCACGAUCAUUAACGGGUUCCGAAAGGCUGGACUGCUGCGUGAUGAAGAGGAGGACGCCGCCACAGCUGAGGCCCUUCAGAGGCUGUUCGAUUCCGACAGUGACGAAGAGGAGUUCGUUGGUUUUGAGAGCGACAACGAAGGAGAGAGGAGAGUGGCUGACGAAGCCACCCUGAGCCUGUUCGUUUCCGACACUGAAGAUGAGGACUUUGGUGGUUUUAGUACGCAGGAAGAAGACGGAGAUGAGGAUUAAUGACUUGACUUUUCUGGUUACAGCCGUGUACUGCACCUUAGCCUAAAAGAUGAAGACGAGGAUUAAUGACUUUUCUGGUAGGCUGAUUACCGUAUAUUUUAAGCAGCCGUGUUGCUGCAACUUUAGGCUUACGCGCUUACUGUCGUGUUACAGGCACUUUAUUUUGCACUUUUAAAAAAACACAUUUAAUUUAGCCAUUGAUAUUGCCUCGUCAAGCGCUGUAAGCUUUGUUUUUUGUUAUGGUACUACUGUAGGCUAUAAUGUAGAUAAAUAUUCAAAGAUGUGCACACUUUUUCAAGGUUUUUCAAAAAUAACCAAAGUUAAGUGGUUAAAUGAUUGUGACGCUAUUAACUAAUUUUGCUGGGGAACCCCUAGCACUCCCUCAAGGACCACUGGUUGAAAACCACUGCUGUAGAUCACUGCCGGCAUGUGCGCUGGGAGCGCACCGUUUAAGUUUGAAAGUUGAAAAGUUUGUGUGUCUGAAACGCUAUGUGAUACAGUACAGUAUACACAGCACAGUAUAUGUUCUGCAGCUACUAUUGCACUAAAUGGUAACACUUGAAUACGUUAUGCAAAUAUGCAACUUGUUUGUUGAAAUGUUAAUAAAUGGGAGCUUCCUCAAGCAGCCAUCUCUUUCCCGACAAUCCCCUCUGUGCACGAACCCUUACAUAUGGUAAUUAAACAUUAAAACACCUGCGGCUUAUAGUCCAGUGCGGCUUAUAUAUGUACACAUCAUUCAAUAUCAUUCAAUUUAGCUGCUGCGGCUUAUACUCCGGUGCGCCUUAUAGUGCGGAAAAUACGGUAAUUCACCAAUACAUUGCUUGGUAGUCUAAUAAAUAUUGCUAUUAGUUGUAAAUCACGGCUUGUACAUUGUUUGCUGCCUUCAGCCAUUCGGUUAUGCACCGUUUCAGUUUCACUUACUCAAUAUAUAUAAAAACGGAUGAAAGUAAGGUGCGGGUCUCAACACAAACUAGCCAGGGCAAAUAUCACAAGUCAUAACGUGGCUAGCUGAUCUAUUUAGCUAUGUAUUUAUUUAGCUAGCUAAAAACACGGAGCCUCAUAGCUAGCAAGUUGCUGGGAUGUCAUGUCAUACAAGCUUGAACAAGUGGGUGAGUGGCAGCUUCGGUGGCUAGCUACAAGUUGCAGGCGUCAUUUGGUUAGCUUGCAUGUGACUCACUUAGCUAGUUUUGCUGAACUUGAACAUUUUACAUUUAAGUCAUUUAGCAGACGCUCUUAUCCAGAGCGACUUACAAAUUGGUGCAUUCAACUUAGGAACUUGAACGACUGUUAUCCACAGUUAGCGCAUAUCCCUUAGUUGUCAAUCAAAUGAAUUGGGAAUGUUAUUUUGAUAGGGGGUGCAGGACCUAUGUGUGCACAUGCUUUCAUAUUUUAUGGGCAUAAUAGUAAAGAUGUCAUUUAACUGUAAAAAUGUAGGCUAUAAUACCUUUUAAUGUGGCAUGAACACAACCCGGCAUGUUUUCAUCAAAUCACUUAAAAAAGUAGGCUACCUGCGCAUGUUCGAUCCACUCCAUAAGGAUUCCAGCAUCUAAAACAGUGCACUGUGCACCCGCCAUUCAUCUUAAAACACCAAAAGUGUAAUGAUAUUUGUCGAUUGUCAUUAGGCACACUUGUAGCCUGAAUUGAUUGAUUGCGUCCACUACUGUCCGCACACGUCAUGGUCCAGGCUCAUCUCUGCCUACGCAGGCUACUUUCACCCCUAUUUUAGAUAUUUUUCUGCAUAUCAUUUCUGACAUUUGGUAGGCUAUUUGUUAGCCAACUUGUCUAUAAUUAGACAGGCCUUCAUGCAACUUCUCUUCUGUCACUACUUGUUGCUCUAGAAGAAAAAAAAAACAGAAUGAUAGAAUGAAUGCAUCAAUAAUAAUAAACCUAAAAUAGUUGACAUCAGUAAAGUUCUCUUCCAUUUCUGCUCUGAGUGAGGACGUGUAGGGACCAGGGGGAAAAUGCAAUAGCCUGACUAAAACAGCGGAAAGAUUUGUAUGCAACAAUAUCAAAGAUUUUACUGAGUUACAUUUCAUAUAAGGAAAUCAGUCAAUUGAAAUAAAUUACCUUUUAAUAAAAUGCCUUUAAAAAGAAAAAGGAGGGGCGUGGAUCCGAACUAGUCAGUAUCUGGUAUGACCACCAUUUGCCUCAUGCAGCGCAACAUCUCCUUCGCAUAGAGUUGAUCAGGCUGUUGAUUUUGGCCUGUGGAAUGUUGUCCCACUCCUCUUCAACGGCUGUGCGAAGUUGCUGGGUAUUGGCUCGAACUGGAACAUGCUGUCGUGCACAUUGACCCAGAGCGUCCCAAACCUGCUCAAUGGGUGACAUGUCUGGUGAGUAUGCAGGCCACAACUGGGACAUUUUCAGAUUCCAUGAAUUGUGUACUGAUCCUUGCGGCAUGUGGCCGUGCAUUAUCAUGCUGAAACAUGAGGUGAUGGCGGCGGAUAAAUGGCACGAAAAUGGGCCUCAGGAUCUCGUCACGGUAUCUCUGUGCAUUCAAAUUGCCAUUGAUAAAAUGCAGUUGUGUUCGUUGUCCGUAGCUUAUGCUUGCCCAUACCAUAACCCCACUACCACCAUUGGGCAAUCUGUUCACAACGUUGACAUCCGCAAACCGCACGCCCACACGACUCCAUACACGUUGUCUGCGGUUGUGAGGCCGGUUGGACGUACUGCCACAUUCUCUAAAAUGACGGAAGCGGUUUAUGGUAGAGAAAUGAACAUUCAAUUCCCUGGCAACAGCUCUGGUGGACAUUCCUGCAGUUAGCAUGCCAAUUGCACGCUCCCUCAAAACCUGAGACAUCUGUGGCAUUGUGUUGUGUGACAAAACUGCACAUUUUAGUGGCCUUUUUUAUUGUCCCCAGCACAAGGUGCACUGUGUAAUGAUCAUGCUGUUUUAAUCAGCUUCUUGAUAUGCCACACCUGUCAGGUGGAUGGAUUAACUUGGCAAAGGAGAAAUGCUCACUAACAGGGAUGUAAAUAAAAUUGUGCACACAAUUUGAGAGAGAUAAGCUUUUUGUGCGUCUGGAAAAUUUCUGGGAACUUUUAUUUCAGCUCAUGAAACAUGGGACCCUUUACAUGUUGCGUUUUAUAUUUUUGUUCAGUAUAUCUUAUGCUACAUGUGAAAGUAAUUGGCCUACAGUCAGUGUCCAUAUUUCAGUUACUACAGUUGGCUAAAACUUCAGUGUACAAAUAUUUAUUCCCCAUCGUAUCAGUACAAUUUUGACGUUUUUAUUUACUGCAGUGUCUAUUAAUUUCCCAAACGCACGGAAGCUUUCCCAUUCAUAUUACCAUAGAAUUUUCACAAAUACCCAACUCUACGUCAUUUCCAAACAUUCGAUUUAAUGUUUGAAAACAUUAAAGUUAGCAUAUCUAUGUGCUCGCUUGUCACAAAAUGAGGAAAAAAAUCUGUCAUUGUUCCCAAGGGUGUAUAUGAACAGAUUUUAAUAAAAUGUAAUGGUGCAAAAUCUGUGUCUUUAAAAUCUCCAUCCCACCAUGCUUCCCCAUUCUUCAGAGCUCUGAGUCGUCGGACUUGUCUGAUGGGCCCAUCACAUUACAUGAGUUCAUGGAGGUGAAGAGCGCCCUCACGGCCUCCGAGACCAAGAUACAGCAGCUGCUCAAGGUCAACUGUCACCUGAGUGAGGAGCUCCGGUUGAUGCAGAGCAAGGUACAUUUAUGACUUGGGCAUUAUAACAACCCACCAAUCCCACAGUAAGUCUAGUGGCUUUGUGCUGAUUCAGUUUGCAGCCACACAAGAAAGCAGAACAGCACCCUUGUUGUGUUGGUCCUUCUCAUGUUUCUUAUGUUGUCAGUGCAAAUAAAGGCAAGCUGUUUUACAGCAUUGUAGAACUGGAGGUGUUUGGGUGAACACAUUCAGAUUGUAAUCCAUAUAUGACAGGAACAUUUAGCUCAUUCAAGGAAGCAGCUGGUUUGUUGUUUUCUCAUGAGAAGUUGAACAAUAGUCUGGGAGUGUCCUUCGUUACCAGACCAGGUCUAUUAACAGAAAAGGAAGUGAAAACACAGUGGAAGUGCAGCUGUCUGACCAUCGAGAGAUGGGUUCCCUCUUUUACAGUCUGGAUAGAGAGAUUUUUCUCCAUCCAAAUCUGCACUGAUACUCUCACAUCCUCCAUGGUAUGAUCACCCUAGGUUUCACACAUAGGCCUUUAUUUACGCUAUUACACAGAAAUAAAGCUGAUGUUCUGAACUUCUGUCCCGUCCAGCUGAACUCCAUGCAGACUGAGAAGUCUUCCCUGCGAUGGCAGACACCCAGUGGCCAGCAGCACCCUCAGGACCUCUCCGGCCGCCCCCCUGUCCCCGGAGGCCGCCCCAUGUCCAUGUACGAGACGGGCUCGGCCAUGAGGCAGUAUCCCCACAGGGGCGAGCCCCCUCGUCGUGACGACGGCCUCACUCUCCAGCCCCUCCCUACAAACGUAAGUUCAGAAGUCACUAACACCGCUCCCUCCUGGACUGUUCUAUGCCAUUCACUGUGGACCAGUGCCAUCAGCGGUGUUGGUUUGUGGUAAUUCUUUUUCAGCAUAUUGGGUUUUUGUUUGUCGCAAUUCAGUUUUUGUUUGUGCAUUUAUCCCCACCCCCCUCCUCUAGAAUAUAGUCAACUCCCUUUGUGUAAACUUGGUUUGACCCCUUUCUAGAUUGGGAGGGGUCCUUUGGGGACCGCCUCGUCCUCCCUCCCUACCUUCCCCUCCUCCCUGUCCUGGUCGCGGGACGAGCGAGCUCGAAGGGUUAAGUACCGCAUCUCCCCUCUGAGAGGAUGGGGGCAGCUGCCCCAGGGAAGGGGUGCUAUCCCCUCUGCUUGUCCACUUCCUUUCCUCUCCUCCUGUACCUCCUCCUUAUACUCUGUCCUGUGCUCAUGUACCUCACUGCCUCUCCUCUCAGCAUCGCCUGGCUGGCUGGCUGCAUGCACCACUUUGCUGCUGCUGUUCUUCAUUAACCCUUAUUCCCCCAGCCAGCACUGCCGUGUAGAGUACCUGAAUAAACUUUUUUAGAAAGGCAGAGCUAUACAUGGGUGUCUGUGUGUUUUCAAAGGCCCCAAAACACUACAUGUACAAUGUGGUGUUUCCAUACAUCCUGUCAGGAGGCUACAGGGUUGUUGAAACAGACAAGGAAUACAGAAUGUUAAUGUAAUGUGAACAGUAGUAUUUACAAGCCAUAGGGGGUAGACAACCAUCUGUACUGAAGCCCUUACCCGUACCACAGGAUUCCUUGAUCUCAUUUACACACAGAGCUGGUCCCUGGUUCAAACUUCCUACCUCUUUUUACUCUCUGCCUUGAAACCAAUUGAGGUAUGUUUAAUAUGAAAUGGCUUUUUAGGUUCAGAGAGCAUGAUUCUGACCCGUCUGCUUCAUCAAGCACGUUCAGACCGCGGUAACAUGUAUGUGCGGCUGUUCAAAUGCUCUCUCACCAGAUUCAAAGGUUGUCUGCAAACUAAACUAAGAGACGACCCUCAUCUUACUGUAUCAUUCAUCCCAUUGUAGGGUUGCAGCCUGGAGGGACAGAGCAGCAUGCUGGAGAGUGACUAUGACAACACACCAAAGUACACAGGACUGGAGUCUGGGUAAGACUUUUGAUUUAAGACUAUAGGAGAAAAAUAUUGACUUCUGUAUGUAAAAUGUAGAAACAUUUAGCAUUCGCUAAUAUACAAAGUGAUCUACAAGUGAGGAAGAGCCUAACCCUAGAAUAUCUUCUCUCCCCAUACAGUAUGGGCAGGAACAGCAGUUGGCUGGGUGAUGGCAGUACAGCAGAGCAGGGUGAGAGGGAGGAUGAGACUGAGGCUGACUCCACCCUGCCCUGCACCGAGGACGUCAUCUGUAAGACAGAGCAGAUCACCAAGAACAUCCAGGAGCUGCUGAGGGCCGCACAGGAGAACAAACACGAGAGGUAAGGUCAGGAACACAGACAAUGCCAAUCAGAUAGAGAAAAGGUAUCUUGACUUAAAGGUUGUGCGUUGAAGUAAAACUUGCCCUUUCGGUUCUAAAUAUGGGAAACGGUGCUGCUCAUAUAUUAUUCCUUCACCUAUCCAACCUUCAACCUACAGUAAUUGUGUUAUUCAGAGGAUGUAUCCUGUUUUUCUAUCUUUCUGUCCUCCUCCUGAGUUCUGUUUAGACGGUCCUGUAUUCCCACUCUGUCCUCCCCUCCCUGUUCUUGUGUCUUCCUGUCUGUCUGACUUUCUUCCUCAUGGUAUGGGCUAGCUCCAGGCCAGGAAGUCUAGGCUGCUUCUCUGGCCUGCUGCCCUGCUGUGACCGCGGACGGGCCUGUCUCUACAGCCUGGUGCCCAGCUCUGACAGGGCUGCCCAGGGCUGUCUAUCUACCCUGCUGCCCUGUUCUGAGAAUGUGUUAGAGGCCCCGGCUUCCGCUCUCCAGGCCCCCCCCCCCCCCCCCCCCCCCCCCCGGCUCUGGCUCCUGGUAUUCUGGCCUCUGUCCCUGUCUCCCAGGCACUGUCACUGUCUCCUCUGUCUGUGUGCUGAGGGACGGGGGCAUGUGUCAAACGCAGCUGGCAGGAAACAAAGAGGACAAUGUCUCAGAUUCCCUUAUGGAAUGCCAUAUACAGUGCAUUCAGAAAGUAUUCAGUCCCCUUCCCUUUUUCCACAUUUUGUUACGUUGCAUCCUUAUUCUAAAAUUGAUAAAUAAUUUUUUUCCCCUCAUCAAUCUACACACAAUACCCCAUAAUGACAAAGUCAAAACAGGUUUUUAGAAAUGUUUGCAAAUAAAAAACAGAUACCUUAUUUACAUAAGUAUUCAGACCCUUUUAUUAUUAGACUCGAAAUUGAGCUCAGGUGCAUCCUGUUUCCAUUGAUCAUCCUUGAGAUGUUUCUACAACUUGAUUGGAGUCCACCUGUGGUAAAUUCAAUUGAUUGGACAUGAUUUGGAAAGGCGCGCACACCUGUCUAUAUUAGGUCCCACAGUUGACAGUGCAUGUCAGAGUAAAAACCAAGCCAUGAGGUCGAAGGAAUUGUCCGUAGAGCUCUGAGACAGGAUCGUGUCGAAGCACAGAUCUGGAGAAGGGUACCAAAACAGCAUUGAAGGUCCCCAAGAACACAUUGGCCUCCAUCAUUCUUAAAUGGAAGACGUUUGGAAUCACCAAGACUCUUGGUCAGGGAGGUGACCAAGAACACGAUGGUCGCUCUGACAGAGCUCCAGAGUUCCUCUGUGGAGAUGGGAGAACCUUCCAGAAGGACAACCAUCUCUGCAGCACUCCACCAAUCAGUGGCCAGACGGAAGCCACUCCUCAGUAAAAGGCACAUGACAGCCCACUUGGAGUUUGCCAAAAGGCACCUAAAGGACUCUCAGACCAUAAUAAACAAGAUUCUCUGGUCUGAUGAAACCAAGAUUGAAUUAUUUGGCCUGAAUGCCAAGCGUCACGUCUGGAGGAAACCUGGCACCAUCUCUACGGUGAAGCAUGGUGGUGGCAGCGUCAUGCUGUGGGGAUGUUUUUCAGUGGCAGGGACUGGGAGACAAGUCAGGAUUAAGGAAAAGAUGAACGGAGCAAAGUACAGAGAGAUCCUUGAUAAAAACCUGCUUCAGAGCGCUCAGGACCUCAGACUGGGGCGAAGGUUCACCUUCCAACAGGACAAUGACCCUAAGCACACAGCCAAGACAACGCAAGAGUGGCUUCAGGACAAGUCUCUGAAUUUCCUUGAGUGGCCCAGCCAGAGCCCAGACUUGAACCCUAUCGAACAUUUCUGGAGAGACCUGAAAAUAGCUGUGCAGCGACGCUCCCCAUCCAACCUGACAGAGCUUGAGAGGAUCUGCAGAGAAGAAAGGGAGAAACUCCCCAAAUACAGGUGUGCUAAGCUUGUAGCGUCAUACCCAAGAAGACGUGCGGCUGUAAUCGCUGCCAAUGGUGCUUCAACAAAGUACUGAGUAAAGGGUCUGAAUACUUAUGUAAAAGUGAUAUUUCAGUUUUUUAUGUUGAAUACAUUUUUAAAAAUGUCUAAAAACCUGUUUUUGCUUUGUCAUUAUGGGGUAUUGUAUGUAGAUUGAGGGGGGGGGGGGGGAACAAUUUAAUUCAUUAUAGAAUAAGGCUGUAACGUAACAAAAUGUGGAAAAAGUCAAGGAGUUCGAAUACUUUCCGAAUGCACUGUAUAGGCCUAUGGAGCUUUUACAUGUCAACACACAGGCAAUCCUUGAUCCUUAUCUUUUAGUCUGUGUUUGGGGGGGGUCUGUUUUUAUUAAAUACUGUUUCACACUGGCUAUUCAUUCAGUGUUUAUACAGUCCACUUGAAUUCAAACUGCUGUCUUUAACACAAACCCUCACUAUUGGCCCCCAUUUGACUAAAGCUGUGUCGUAUAUGCUUAGCUUUUUCGCUUGUGUGCCAAACCUCACUCCAGCUGGUGACCACAGAACACUGCUGAAGAAUUUCACCCUGUCAAUUUGUAUGCGUCCUCAGUCUAGUGGGUAAUAACGGAGACAUUGUUAUUGAUUGAAACGGUGGAAAGUUAUUAUGUAUUCCAUUAUCUGAUUUCUAAGCCGUGUGUGGUGUUGGUUUCAAACAAUGAUUCAUUGUUGAUUAUAUUUUCAGGGCUUAACAGACUCCACUACAUUAUAUUGUCUAUGGCUUUGACUGGGCUGAGUGGGAACUGUGCUUCCGUAGAGGUAGGGGAGCUAGCAGGCCAGAGGUGGAUGAACGUAGUGCCCUCGUUUGGGUGUAGGGUCUGAUCAGAGCCUGAAGGUAAGGAGGUGCCGUUCCCCUCACAGCUCCGUAGGCAAGCACCAUGGUUUUGUAGUAGAUGCGAGCUUCAACUGGAAGCCAGUGGAGUGUGCGGAGGAGCGGGGUGACGUGAGAGAACUUGGGAAGGUUGAACACCAGACGGGCUGCAGCGUUCUGGAUAAAUUGCAGGGGUUUAAUGGCACAGGCAGGGAGCCCAGCCAACAGCGAGUUGCAGUAAUCCAGACGGGAGAUGACAAGUGCCUGGAUUAGGACCUGUGCCGCUUUCUGUGUAAAGUAGGGUCGUACUCUGCGAAUGUUGUAGAGCAGGGGUGUCAAACGUCCGGCCCGCGGGCCGGAUCAGGCCCGCAAACGGGUUUAAUCCGGCCCGCGAGAUGACAAUUUUAUAUAUAUAUAUAUAUAUAUAUAUAUAUAUAUAUAUAUAUAUAUAUAUAUAUAUAUUUUUUUUUUUUAUUUUUUUUUUUUUUUUAAGUAUAAAAAUGCACUGCAAUUUUUCAAUAAAAUAAACUGCUGUUCCAAUUGCGUCCACUGGAUGGCGCAAUAGCAAUUGUGUUAAGCAAGCAAACUGUUUAUACCGGGGCAGAGCAAGUAGGUCAAGCACAUGCAGCCAAUGAGCUACUUUGUUUUGCCCGCGAUAUUUAUUACGGCUUCUACUUUUAACAUUAUGUGCUUUGGCACCCUCAUUGCCCCAAUAUGUCUCUGUCAAAAAAGAGAAAAGUGGACGCAGAGUGCAGAGUGUUCCAAGAAAAAUGGUCAUCCUAUUUAUUCACGGAAUUGAAUGGGAAAGCUGUAUGUUUGGUGUGUUCAGAGCAUGUUGCAGUGCUGAAAGAAUAUAACCUUCGUCGCCACUAUGUGAGUCUUCAUGCCGACAAAUAUGACAACUUUCAAGGACAGCGGAGAUGAGAGAAGGUGAAUGAACUGUUGGCAGGUCUGAAGAAACAGCAGUCUGUGUUUACUCACAGCCGAGACAUCAGUGACGCUGCAGUGAAAGCUAGCUACCUCAUUGCUAAUGAAAUCGCAGUUGCUUCAAAACCAUUUAGUGAGGGUGAAUUUGUAAAAACAUGCAUGAUGAAGGCAGCGGAGAUUGUGUGCCCUGAAAAGCGGCAGGCUUUUGCAAAUAUCAGCCUGACAAGAAACACAGUUGCAGACAGGAUUUCCGAUCUUUCAGUGGAUUUGGACAGCCAGUUGAAGCAAAAAGUAAAGUCAUUUAUUGCGUUUUUGGUUGCAAUUGAUGAAAGCACGGACAUUACAGAUGUUGCACAACUGGCCAUUUUCAUCCGCGGAGUUGAUGACACAUUGACCGUCACCGAGGAGUUCGUGGAGUUGGUGCCGAUGACAGAUACAACGACAGCAGCUGAUAUUUUUACCGCACUCGUCGGCGCGCUGGACAGGGUCGGAGUGGACUGGUCCCGCGAUGUCAGCCUGGCUACAGAUGGUGCGCCCUCAAUGAUCGGGAAAAAAGCAGGCGUUGUGACAAAGUUCAGAGAGAAAGUGCAAUCUGCAAAUGGAGGACGUGAUUUUUUGACUUUUCACUGUAUUUUUCACCAGGAGGCUUUGUGUUGCAAGUCAUUAAAGAUGGAUAACGUCAUGAAGGUGGUCAUCCAAACUGUUAAUUUCAUCCGAUCCAGAAGCCUGAAUCACCGUCAGUUUGACAGCCUUCUCAGAGAGAAAGACCACAUCUAUGGCCUGCCAUACCACACUGAGGUAAGAUGGUUAAGCCGAGGUGCUGUACUGAGGCGUUUCUUUGAUUUACGAGAAGAAAUUGAACAGUUCAUGGAAGAAAAGGGCAAACCAGUGUUAGAAUUUCAUUCCGCAGAAUGGAUGCAGGACCUUGCAUUUAUGGUGGAUGUUACAGAGCACCUGAAUAACUUGAACAAACAGCUGCAAGGGCGCAACAAAGUUGUCACGCAGUAUUAUGACAGCAUACGUUCUUUCAAGUUGAAGCUGUCAUUGUGGGAGACGCAACUUGCCGGUGGUGAUGCAGCUCACUUCCCCUGUCUGAAAAAUGUGUGCGCGACCCAACAUGUGGCAGACAUGAAGCGGUUCAAAUAUAAAAUAACGGGACUGUUACGGGAGUUUGAGCAACGCUUUCAGAUUUAUGUUUAUAUGUUUUUAUGUUGAUGUGCUAUUGUUUUUAAUUGAUUUUAUUUUAUUUGUAUAUUUAACCUAUUCUUGACUCUGUGGUUCUUGCACUUGUUUGGGGAACAGGAUUUCAUUAUUUUUAUCUACAUUUCUGCCUGCGAAAUGACACCCUGAUAUAGUUCUGUGAUCUGUGAUAUACUUCUGUGAAUCACUGAGGCAUUGUGUGUUUGUGUGUUCUUUGUCCUCAGAACUUUCAAAUAACUUGAGGUGUUUUAUGAUUAAUAGUGAUGUUGUGCUUUUGGACACUGUCCUCAGGCUCCAGCUUUAUGUUUAUAUGUUUUUAUGUUGAUGUGCUAUUGUUUUUAAUUGUUUUUAUUUGUAUAUUUAACCUAUUCUUGACUCUGUGGUUCUUGCACUUGUUUGGGGAACAGGAUUUCAUUAUUUUUAUCUACAUUUCUGCCUGCGAAAUGACACCCUGAUAUAGUUCUGUGAUCUGUGAAACAGUUCUGUUAAUCACUGAGGCAUUGUGUGUUUGUGUGUUCUUUUUCUUUAGAAUUUUCAAAUAAACUUGACGUGUUUUAUGAUUAAUAGUGAUGUUGUGCUUGUACUAUUUUGGACACACUGUUCUCAGGCUCCAGCUUUAUGUUGUAUGUUGAUCGUAUUAAAACAAAGAAAACAAUCUGAAGUUGUUGUUUUUAAGUUACAUAUACCAUGAUUUUUCCGGUCCGGCCCACUUGGGAAUAGAUUUUCCUCCAUGUGGCCCCUGAGCUAAAAUGAGUUUGACACCCCUGUUGUAGAGCAUGAACCUACACCGCUUUGAUGUUAGCAGAGAACGACAGGGUGUUGUCCAGGGUCACGCCAAGGUUCUUUGCACUCUGGGAGGAGGACACAAUGGAGUUGUCAACCGUGAUGGCGAGAUCAUGGAGCGGGCAGUCCUUCCCCGGACUGAAAAACUUUAAAUAGUUUCAACGAUAUUUACGGUAUUGAAUAACUGUCUCGUGCACAUUUCCAAAUACCCCGGUAUAUACGGUAUACCGCCCAAGCCUAGUCACUAUACCUCUACACAUCACCAGUGGGACAAGGCCAACCUGCUAGCCCCCAGUAUUGUCUACAAUGCAUACAAAUAUAUGUUUUGCAGUAUAAAGGACUGUUUUCAUUUAAUUUUUGUACUUUUACCCUGUUUUUCUCCCCAAUUUCAUGAUAUCCAAUUGGUAGUUACAGUCUUGUCCCAUCGCUGCAACUCCCCUACAGACUCUGUAGAGGCGAAGGUCGAGAGCCAUGCGUCCUCCAAAACACGACCCUGCCAAGCCGGAAGACAGACGCACCAAUGUGUCUGAGGAAACACUGUCUAGCUGGCGACUGAAGUCAGCUUGCAGGUGCCCGGCCAGCUACAUGGAGUCGCUAGAGCGCGAUGGGACAAGGAAAUCCCGGCCGGCCAAACCCUCCCCUAACCCGGACGACGCUGGGCCAAUUGUGUGCCGCCUCAUGGGUCUCCCGGUCACGGCCAGCUGUGACACAGCCUGGGAUCGAACCCGGGUCUGUAGUGACGCCUCAAGCACUGCGAUGCAGUGCCUUAGACCGCUACGCCACUCGGGAGGCCUCUUAUUAAAUAAGCUAAAUAAAACAGAAAAUAUAUUAGUCUUACAGUACCGGUGUUCAAUUUCCUCAAAUAGUGCACAUGGUUGCUAUAUUGAACACACGUCAGUAUAUUCUCUCUUUUGUCUGCUCCACGGUGGACAUAACCAGGGGUGCUCAUUCUCUCACUUGUCCACAAGUAAACCUCCACCAGGACAUCACUGGCUGAUUUGCUCUUUAAGAGGUGUCUUAUGUAGUAGGGGGAUCAAUGGCUUAGCAAGCUUCUGUAAAAAGUAUUCUACAUAUUUGUUUAACGAUCUUAUUGAAAAAAACUGGGCCUGAGUUUUCUACAAAAAAAAAAAGGAUCACUCGAUUACUUAACGUUUUCUUCCUCCUCCCCCCUCAGCUUUGUACCAUGCUCAGAAAGGAUCCAUGUGGCUGUGAGAGAGAUGGCCACCCUGUUUCCUAAGGUAAGCUGGGAUGACCUCCAACAGACACUCCUCCUUUGUAUGCAAGAGCCAGAGGGUUGUUUGUUUGGUCAACAUGGGUGGGAAAUAAAUGUCCUGCAUCUUAACUCAACUGGUGUUCUUUUGUUAGAUGUUGCACUCUUUCUUCCGGGUGGGGAGAUGUGGAUAAACAAACAGACACAUAAUGCCAGUAAAUCCACCCCUUACACUGCAGUGUUAAGAGGACCGUUAAUGGCCAAUGUUUUGCUAACCGUACCCCCUGCCUCCUCUCUCCUUUCCUCAGAGGCCUUACUCAGACACAGUGCGAGGGUCUCUGCGGCUGCUCACCUCUAGUGCCAGCCGGCUCCAGGGGGAGUGCCAGAAGGCCACGCCCCACGACCCUUGCCCCUCCGACAUGCAGCUGGUCACGCAGCAGGUCAUCCAGUGUGCCUAUGACAUUGCCAAGGCUGCCAAGCAACUCGUCACUGUGACAACCAAAGAAAACAGCAACUGA